AUGUUUGCCCGUCAGGUGAACCCGCUUGCCGCAUUCACAUCAUCCCUCUCGGCAGCGGAAGCGCAUCUCCGACGAGACAACGACAUCAACCUAAGCCAUCAUCAAAGCCUUCCAUUCACUACAUCACCCACCCACUCACCGUCUUGCUCCAGUACAUUCCAUCCCAGCACCAGCACCAGCAACAGCAAUGACAGCUACAACAAAAAGGAAUCCACCGCAGCAAGCAGCACCUACAACCCAUACAAACGGAAACAUCCUCUUCAAUUCGAGCCAGAGUUCUUUGAAGCACUCGAUGCUUCCUUGCAGGAGUUCCAUGAUGAUGAAACGCAGCGCAACGACCCCGGUGGCUGCCGGAUGGCCUCCUUGUCGAACCUGAACGGAAGCUCACCGUGGCCGUCAAGACCCUGCAAAAGGGCUAAAAACUCGCUGUUCAAAUGUCCAGCCUUUUCACAGUCAACAGGAUCAACUUCACGGGCACCACCUUCAUCUGGAUCAUCCUCCGCAAGUCUUCGGACGCCUUCGCCAACACAAUCCUUCAAUCCCACCCAAACGACAACGAUAUCCCACAGCGACAGCACCAACCGAACCAGCGACACCGAAUCUGAUCCACCACCCUCCGAUCAAAACACACCACCUGUCUUCCCACAAGCCUCAUCUCCUAUCUCGGCUUGGUCGCACAGGAAUGUUUUCUCGAACUCCCCAGCGUUUGUUCGAUACUCAAAAGGGCCAAGCAUUAUUGAUUUGUCAUCCGGCGAGGAGUUGGUGCCCAUACACAUGGUCGACAAGGAACAGCACAAACGACGCCGGGAUUCCUCAUGUGAGUCAUCCUCACCACCAGAGUCCGUCGACUCGCUGCAUCAAGUUUUCGAACUCCAAGCGGACGGAACCCUGCUCCCCAUUCUGGAUCCCUCGCCUUCCGACCCCUCGCCAGCCAAAAGGAUGCGAAACAGCAGGGCCAAUCGGUGUCGGUACUUGCACUUUCUGAGCGACGACGAGAGCGACAUUGAUCGACUGUCAACAAAAUUGAAGGCCGACUUGCGGCGCAGGAAACCACUCAGUGGUUUUAUUGGAUCCAACCGGACACACCGAACUACCGCUAUGAGAAGAGUUUCACGUAGCGGAGGAUCAGCAGCAACAAUAGUGGCAGGAUCGUCACAUGCUCACGAAGAGCCAUAUUGCGGCUCCAAUGGUUUCUGGACUGAACAAGCUAUGGAUGCGACUGUCAGCGGCAUAUCGCAGGAGGAGGAGGAGGAUGCAUUGUCCGACCAAGAACAUCAGAUGCAUCAGGAGGAGCUCAUCGCGAAAGGAGAACAGUCGUCUUUAGAUUCCAGCAACCCAGAUCAUCAAACGAUGGUCCUGUACAAGGGUCCCAGGAAUGUGUCUUUGACACCUCACCCCCAAGCCGUCGAAUGGAGUCGCUGGAUGGAUGAUGAGGCGAAUGGCCUUGCCAACCUGGACGAGCUGCAGGGCCAUGGCAUGGUACUCUACCAGCGGGAUCAUAUUGGCCGAGAGCCCUCCUCGCGGUUCAACCAAGGACGGAGAGUCAUUUGGGUGGAGGACGAUACUCUAGACGAUAAUCUCGACUCGUCUGUCCUGAUUGAGGAGCUGAGCGACGACGAUGAUGAUGACGAUGAUGGCAACUUGGCGGACGAUGAGGAGUACAAUCUAUCCAGCGAUGCGCCCCUGAUGGACUUGGAGGAACAGGCCACAGACAUGGACAUCGAUUAG